AUGGACAUGGAUACCGCGACCACUACCGCCCGGCCGGAGAAGGCUCACACCUCAAGAUGGAGAUACUGGGCCGACAAAAUCGCCGUCACGUCGGAACCCGGGCUAACCAGCGCACAGCUGAUGCUUACCAACUAUGACCUGAAACCUGUCGAGCCCGAGAGACGGCAGUGGGGUCCUUGGAACUUCGUGGCUUUCUGGAUCGCAGAUUCCUUCAACGUCAACACCUGGAUGAUCUCAUCUUCCAUGAUCGUCAACGGUCUCUCAUGGUGGCAGUCGUGGCUCUGUGUCUGGAUAGGUUAUGCCAUUGCCGGUUGCUUCAUUUGCUUAACCGGCCGUAUCGGCGCUCAGUACCACAUCGGUUUCCCCGUCGUCAACAGGUCCUCUUUUGGCAUCUGGGGUAGUCUGUGGCCUGUCUUCAACCGUGCGGCUAUGGCUUGUGUCUGGUACGGUGUUCAGUCUUACAUUGGAGGCCACUGCGUUUAUUUAAUGAUUCGUUCCAUCUGGAAGUCGUGGGACCGCGAUGAGAUCCCCAAUACUUUCCCCGAUGAUUCCGGCACCACCACAGCGGACUGGGUGUCGUUUUUCAUUUUCUGGCUCUGCUCCCUACCCGCCAUUUGGUUCCCAGUUCACAAGAUUCGCCACUUGUUUACGGUCAAGUCAUACGCCGUUCCCUGCGCUGGAAUCGCCUUCAUGAUCUGGGCCAUCGUUCGUGCUGGUGGUAUCGGCCCCGUAGUACGCCAACCCGCCAAAAAGCAGGGUAGCGAGCUCGCCUGGGAAUUCGUCAAGGGUGUCAUGUCCUCCAUCGCCAACUUUGCGACGCUCAUCGUCAACGACCCCGAUUUCUCCCGUUUCGCCUCAAAGCCUCGCGAUGCGCUAUGGUCCCAGCUUUUCACAAUUCCCCUUGGCUUCGCCUUAACCUCGUUCAUCGGAAUCAUGGUCUCUUCAUCCUCGGUGGUCAUCUACGGCAAGGAGAUCUGGGAUCCGCUCGACCUCCUUGAAAGGUUCAUUGACGACGGCGGCUCGGGCCAGAGAUUCGGCGUCUUUGUGAUUGCCGCAUCGUUCGCCUUGGCUCAACUCGGAACUAACAUCGCCGCCAAUUCGGUUUCGGCCGGUACUGAUAUGACGGCUCUACUACCUCGAUGGCUCAGCAUCCGCCGCGGUGGAUACAUCUGUGCUGCCGUGGGUCUGGCCAUGUGCCCGUACACGCUUCUCACCACCGCCAACCAGUUCACCACGUACUUGUCGGCGUACAGUGUUUUCCUCAGUUCUAUCGCCGGCGUCAUGUGCUCCGAUUACUACUUUGUCCGCCGGGGAUAUCUCGAGGUCAAGGAAUUAUACGAUGCGCGCAAGACCGGACCGUACUAUUUUACCUACGGAUUUCACUGGCGCGGCUAUGCUGCAUACAUCUCCGGGAUCCUGGUUAACGUCGUUGGCUUUGCGGGCGCAAUCGGUCGAGAUGUGCCCGUAGGUGCCACCUAUAUCUACAACGUCAAUUUCUUUGCUGGCUUCAUUGUCUCAAGUGGCAUGUACUGGGGCCUGUGCAAGGUGUCCCCGAUUCCUGCCUGCAGCGAUAGGUGGAUGGAGGUUGGAGACGAGAUUGACGACCUUCGUGUUGCUUACAACACCGACAGCCAGGACUUCGAUGAGGAGGUUUUGACUGGUUCCCCGAAGGGCAUUGAUGAUGGAUCGAAGCACAUCUGA